GUGGCUGGGAUCAUCUCCAUUGACCAAAUUGAUUGGUCAUCGGAAGAACUUUUCUUUCUUGCAAAAUUUGCCUCUGGUCGCUUCCGUGUUGCUAACUGAACUCAGAUCUUGAUCGAAAAACUUAAUUCAUAAUGGCCAAAUCCAAGGAAUUGAAGACCGAGAAGAAGGUCAAGAGCGCCGACAAGUCUCUCUCUGCCGUCAAGUCUGGUGGUAUCUCCAAGCCUUCUCAGGCUCCCAAGGCCAAGGGUAAGGAGGCUGCCAAGAAGGCUGCCGCUUCGACCGAGUCCAAGAAGAGUAAAAAGGACAAGAAGGUUAAGGAGCCCACUCCUGAGUCGAGCAGCGAAAGCGAGAGCGAGGAGAGCUCUAGCUCUUCCAGCAGCGAGUCUGAGGUCGAGACUAAGAAGCCCAAGGCUAAGGUGAACGGAAAGAAGUCUGUUAAGAAGGAUUCUUCAUCCGAGUCCGAAUCCGAGUCUGGAUCCUCUUCUGAAUCGGAUUCUUCCGACUCCGAGCAUGAGAAGCCUGCCCCCGCCAAGAAGGCGGCCGAGAAGAAGGAUGUCGAAAUGAAGGAUGCUUCUUCUGACAGUGAGAGCUCUAGCGAAAGCGAGAGCGAGGAAGAGAAGCAGCCGGCUAAGGCCGCCCCCAAGCCUGCCGCCAAGAAGGCAGCCUCGUCUGAAUCUGAGAGCGACAGCGACGACAGCGACAGCGACUCUGAGGAGAGCUCCGCCGAAGAGAAGCCAGCCAAGGCUGCCGAGAAGAAGACUGAGAAGAAGGCUUCUUCUGAUGAGUCUUCUGACUCUGAUUCUGAGUCCGGCUCUGGUAGCAGCAGCGAGGAGUCUUCUGAUGAGAGCGAGGCGGAGUCCAGCCCCAAGAAGCGCAAGGCGGAAGCCGAGGACGACACUGCUGCUAAGAAGUCGAAGACUGAGGUCUCCGAGUCGAAGCCUAAGGCCGCCGCUCAAGGCACAACUACACUCUUUGUUGGCAACUUGAGCUGGAAUAUUGACGACGAGUGGCUUGGACGGGAGUUCGAGGAAUUUGGCGAGGUUGUCGGUUCUCGUAUUGUCACUGAUAGAGAUUCUGGUCGCUCGAAGGGUUUCGGCUACGUUGAGUUCUCCAAGCCUGAGGACGCUGCCGCCGCCCUCGAGGCCAAGAAGGGUGCUCUGAUUGACGGUCGUGAGGCCAAUGUCGACUUUUCCACGCCCCGCUCCGAUGACGGUGCUAGAAACCGCGCAAGCUCGCGGGCCCAACAGUUUGGCGACCAGGUCAGCUCUGAAAGCGACACCCUCUUCGUCGGUAACAUCUCCUUCGAGGCAAACGAGAACAUCAUCGGCGAGCAGUUCGGCUACUACGGUACUGUCACCGCUGUCCGUCUGCCUACUGAUCCUGAAUCCGGUAACCUCAAGGGAUUUGGUUACGUCCAGUUUUCUUCCGUCGAGGAGGCCAAGGAGGCGUUCAAUAACAUGCGUGGCUUUGAGAUCUGCGGUCGCCCCAUCCGCUGCGACUUCGCCUCGGCCCGCUCUGGUGGUGAUGCUGGUGGCCGCGGUGGCCGCGGUGGCGGUCGUGGUGGCCCCCGUGGUGGUGCUCGUGGUGGACGUGGUGGCCGCGGCGGUCCUCGCGGAGGCCGUGGCGGUACGACAAACCGUGGCGGUUUCGGUGACUUCCAGGGCCGGAAGGUCACUUUCUAAACUGCUUCUUCCCGUUGAUUUUUCAUUUUUUUGUGUCGAACUAAGGUAAGGGUCUUUUGGGUCUAGAGGUUCUAGGUGUACGGACCAUUGGGCUACACUACGUCACUGGGAUUAAUCGUCACCUCUGGUUUUGCAUGGCUUGUUGCCAUUUAAUUUUUUUUGUUUCCUUUUGCCCAAAAGUUUGUGGUUUGUUUUAAUUACUUUCUGAGGUUUCUGCAUUAUGCGGGUACAACGCUGAAUGAGAUUAAAUUGCUUACUUGUCUUCCACUUGCUCUUG